GCGCAGCCAUUGGCUCCUACCUGUUCCCCUCGCUCUCGCCCGCCGGAGUCACCUUGGUCCCGGCGCGAGCGGAGCCGUCAUGGCGGCGUCGGGACCCGAAAAGCCCAAAACGUCGCCCAAGUCCGUCAAGUUCCUCUUCGGGGGCCUCGCAGGCAUGGCGGCCACUGUGUUUGUGCAGCCCCUGGACCUGGUGAAGAACCGGAUGCAGCUGAGCGGCGAAGGCGCCAAGACGAAGGAGUACAAGACCAGCUUCCACGCCGUGGGCAGCAUCCUCCGCAAGGAGGGCGUCCGGGGCAUCUACACCGGGCUGUCCGCUGGCCUCCUGCGCCAGGCCACCUACACCACCACCCGCCUGGGCAUCUACACCAUCCUCUUCGAGAAGCUCACCUCCUCCGACGGGACGCCCCCCAACUUCUUCAUGAAGGCUGUGAUCGGGAUGACGGCGGGCGCCAUCGGGGCCUUCGUGGGCACGCCUGCCGAGGUGGCGCUCAUCCGCAUGACGGCCGACGGCAGGUUGCCUCCUGACCAGAGGAGGGGCUACACAAACGUCUUCAACGCGCUUCUGCGGAUAACCCGCGAGGAGGGGGUUCCCACGCUCUGGAGGGGCUGCGUCCCCACCAUGGCCAGAGCCGUCGUUGUCAACGCAGCCCAGCUGGCCUCCUACUCCCAGUCCAAGCAGUUCCUCCUCGAUUCGGGUUACUUCCGGGACAACAUCUUGUGCCACUUCUGUGCCAGCAUGAUCAGCGGUUUGGUGACGACUGCAGCCUCCAUGCCGGUGGAUAUUGCCAAGACCAGGAUCCAGAACAUGCGGAUGAUUGACGGGAAGCCGGAGUACCGGAACGGGCUGGACGUGCUGGUGAAAGUGAUCCGCUACGAGGGCUUCUUCAGCCUGUGGAAAGGCUUCACCCCCUACUACGCCCGCCUGGGGCCCCACACCGUCCUCACCUUCAUCUUCCUCGAGCAGAUGAACAAGUUCUACAAGCAGUUCUUCCUCAGUGCCUGAGUUUGGGGGAGCGAAGGAGAGACACCCCCCC